AUGGAAAAUGUCCAUCAUUGGCACGUGAACUUUGGUAUGCGUGCUGCAAAAUGUGAAAUGAAGUCAAAAAGUAAAACUUUCUCUUGUAUUCUAAAUAGAUCUGCAAAGAAUCAACCAAACACAAAAAAAAAACUUUUCAAGAAUGAAAUAAAGUUGAGAAGAAGACUGAAUACUGUGAAAUUAAGAGUAAAGUUGCGUUAUCGGAAACAUGUAGGCAUACAAAAUUUUAAGCUAACACUUGUUAUUCAACAAAAAAAAGGGGGAGAAGCAUGGGAAAUGCUUACACGAUUCAGGGUUUUAGUGUAUAAUGAAAGAGCUUUGGGUGAUGUUUAG